AUGGUGACUUUGAGGAGACAAUAUGCGGUGGCCAGACCUGUGUACUCUGAGGACAGCUUUGAUGAAGACUAUGAGAAAACCCCCAGGGUGCGCAAAACCAUCCUGGACCAUGUGAAGGAGUAUCUGACCUGUGAUUCAAAACGUGCCAAGAACGCCGUGCUCUCUCUUCUGCCCAUCAUCGGCUGGAUAAGGAUCUACAGAGUCAGAGAGUGGCUGCUUGGAGAUGUUGUGUCUGGGAUCAGCACUGGAAUGGUGGCCAUUAUGCAAGGACUGGCCUUCUCUCUGCUGGCCUCGCUGCCUCCGAGCUACGGCCUCUACACGGCUUUCUUCCCCAUGCUGACGUACUUCUUCUUCGGUACUUCAAGGCAUAUAUCUGUAGGUUCCUUCCCAGUCCUGAGCCUGAUGGUGGGAGCUGUGGUGACCCGUCUGGUGCCUGACGUCGGACCUCCGGCCAACAUAACCGGCUUUGAAGGCCUGAGCAUGGACCAGCAGAGAGUCCUGGUGGCCUCCUCUAUGACCUUUCUCAUGGGGAUUUUCCAGCUGGCUAUGGGUGUCCUGCAGGUGGGCUUUAUUGUCAUGUACCUGUCCGACACUCUGGUGUCCGGCUUCACCACAGCGGCUGCACUCCACAUCGUGGUGUCCCAGCUGAAGUUUGUGUUGGGGUUGAACGUUCCGGGCAUCAGCGGUCCACUCUCUAUCAUAUAUACUUUGGAGAAGGUCUUCGUCCAGAUCACGUCCACCAACAUCUGUGACCUGGUGAUGUCCAUCGCGAUCAUGGUGUUGGUGUACAUUGUGAAGGAGCUGAACGACAAAUACAAAGCCAAGCUGCCUGUUCCCAUCCCCAUAGAGGUCAUCGUGACUAUCAUAGCUUGUGGGAUAUCCUACGGCUUCAACUUCGAGACGAGAUUUGAUGUUGGGGUUGUUGGCAAAAUGGUUAGUGGGUACGAGGCUCCCAUUGCACCCAAUAUAGAAAUCUUCCAGGAGGGCGCCGUGGAGGCCUUUCCCAUCGCCAUAGUAGGCUUUGCUGUCGCCUUCUCUGUGGCCAAAGUCUACUCCAUCAAACACGAUUACACCAUUGAUGGGAACCAGGAGCUCAUUGCAUUUGGGGUGAGCAACAUAUUCGGUGCGACCUUCAAGUCGUUUGCAGCCAGCACGGCGCUCUCCAGGACGGCGGUGCAGGAGAGCUCAGGAGGCAAAACGCAGGUUGCUGGGCUGAUCUCAGCCAUGAUGGCGAUGAUUGUAACUGUGGCACUCGGCUUCCUGCUGGAGCCGCUUCCCAGGUCCGUCCUGGGUGCCUUGGUCAUCGUCAACCUGAAGGGCAUGCUGAUGCAGUUCAGAGAGAUCCCGUACCUGUGGAGGAGGGACAAACCUGAAUGUGUGGUGUGGGUGGGAACGUGUCUGGGUGCCACCCUGCUGGGACUGGAUCUCGGUCUGGCGGUGGGCUUGGGGGUGGAGCUGCUCACUGUCGUCUUCAGGACUCAAUUCCCCCGCUGUUCCGUCUUGGCCAACAUCCCGGGGACCGACCUCUACAAAGAUCGCAAAGAUUACCAGCAUAUAGUUGAACCAAGGGGAGUAAAAAUCUUCCGGAUACCUUCGCCUAUCUUCUUCGCCAACGUUGAGUUCUUCAAGGACAAGCUUGUAGAAGCUGUUGGGUUCAACCCUCUGAGGGUUCUGAGGAAGAGGAACAAGGCUCUUGAGAAAAUCAAGAAACUGUGGCAGAAAAAGGACGAUGACGUUACAAAUAAAGGCUCAAUGGGUUUAUACCGCCAGACGACUGAUGAGUCUCGCAUGAACGCGGAGGAGUUGGAUCAGCCCUCCGACCACAGCGGCCUUCCUUUCCAGGUGAACUGGAAUGCCGAGCUUCCCGCUGACAUCAGCGUUCCCAGAGUGGACCUCCACAGCCUGAUCCUGGACUUCUCUGCUGUCUCCUUCCUGGACAUCUCCGCUCUGAAGGGACUCAAAACGACACUCAAAGAGUUCAUCCGUGUUGAUGUGGAAGUUUACAUUGUUUCCUGUGAUGUGUACAUCCUGGAGAAACUACACGGCUGCAUGUUCUUCGACAACGAGAUUCUGACCUCCAUGUUCUUCCCGACCAUUCAUGACGCCAUGCUGCACGUGUUCGAAAAACACAAGGAGGACAAAAGUAGAGGCUGGGUGGUAAGGGAAGCUGUUUAUGCUAUAAAUACUAUUUAG